AUGUCAAUCUUUACAGAUGUGAUAGAGGAUUUUAUGGACGAUUUCUCCGUGUAUGGAUCCAGUUUCAAAAAUUGUCUCGAUAACCUAUGUGAAGUUUUGGCAAGAUGUGAAGAAAAGAACCUCGUUCUAAAUUGGGAAAAAUGCCACUUUAUGGUUAACGAUGUAAUCGUCCUAGGACAUAAGGUCUCCGCUGCUGGUACAGAGGUAGAUCGAGCAAAGAUUGAGGUAAUGACCGGCUUGCCUGCACCCACAAACGUAAAAGACGUGAGAAGUUUUCUCGGACAUGCCGGAUUUUACAGGAGGUUCAUACAAGAUUUCAGCAAGAUUGCUAGACCUCUCACAACCCUCCUCUGUAAAGAAGUUAAAUUCGACUUCUCACCAGAAUGCGUGAAAGCUUUUGAAGAAAUCAAGAAAGCCAUAAUAACCGCCCCCAUCGUACAACCACCUGACUGGAAUCUUCCUUUCUAG